AUGUUUGCUUGUUGUGGAAAAAAGAAGAAAGAUCGGAAGCAUGUUUCUUUAGGGAAUCUUCAUUAGUUAAAUUUAAUUUGUUAAGAUGGACUAUACUUUGAUAAGAAUCUUAAAAUACUUACAGAAUUCAAUAAAACCAAUGUAUUCCAAAUUUAUUUAAUUGUGUAUAGUUUAGUGAUACCUAAAGAGGAAAUUGCAAAUAUUAUUGUCCAAUAUGUUUUAAAUAUUAUGACUGUAUGAUCCAAACAUAUUUUCAAUAGGUAUGUUAAAUACAACAUGCUGUUCCAAUUAUGUCUGUCAUAUUUGUGCAGUUUAAUCUCUAGCAAACAAAAUGUACAAUUGUCAUUAUUGUCGAAAAGAGCAAUGUAAAUAUGUAGAUGUUGAUCCUACACAUUAGUUAAAAAUAUACAUAGAUUCACAUACUAAAAUAUGAAAUUUAUAUUAAUUAAUAUAUACAAAUGUAAAAAGUUGAUUACAUCUUUAAGAUUGUACUCAUUGGAUCAUAGAAUGUAGGCAAAUCUUCAAUUAUGGCCAGAUUUAUUGAUCAAGUUUUUAAUGAUAGUUACCUUUCCACAGUUGGAGUUGAUUUCAGAAUUAAAACACUUUCCAUAUAAGAUAAAACGUAAAUAAAAACCUACGCUUAUUAGAAUUAAAAUGCAGAUUUGGGACACUGCUGGAUAGGAACGAUUUUAGGCUUUAACAUAAUCUCAUUACAAAGGAGCUCAUGGUUGCAUUGCUGUAUAUGAUGUUACAAGUGAAAGGUAAUACUCCAAAAUCAUAUUACUUAAUAGAUCAUUUGAAGAUGCUAAAAAAUUCUUAAAGUUAGUAAUUGAAGAACAUGGUUUGAUUCCUGAAGCAUGCUAUUUAAUUGCCAAUAAAGUUGAUUUAAUCAAUAAAAGAGUGGUAUUUAAAUUCUAAUUAUUCUAGAUUCUUGUCAAGAGUGGAAGUGAUUUUGCAUAAGAUUUAGGAGUUAAUUAUUUAGAAACUUCUGCCAAAACAGGAGAUAAUGUAAAUUAAUUAUUUUUGGAAUUGGGCAAAAUUAUCUUAAAUUUAGUGGAUCAGAAACGCACAAAUGCCUAACCGCCGGAAAAUGAUACGAAAUUAAGAACAUUGGAUACAUAAAAAAUAGAAUAGGAACAAAGUUGUAAGUGCUGA